UACAAGGUCAAAAUCCAGGCACAAAAAUAAAAAAAUGUUCCUUACUAUUCGACGUUCAUCUUCUUGGUGUCUUGUUAGCGUUAGCCUUUAAUUUCAGGUUUGAAAGCACAGAAGUAAUGGUUUGAAAGUUUAAUAAACAUAGAUUCAGAAUUCAGAAUUCAGAUUUUUGCUUUUGAAAACCUGCCUCCAAAACAAGAGGUCAUAUGACCUUAUUUCACGAUUCUAAUUGGUUAAGAACAUACAUUGACGCCAACAUCUUUUGUGCCAACAUGAAGUAUUGAAGCAAAAACGAAAACAUUCGAUCGUUUCAAAUCAUGGCUUCCUCCGAGCUCAAAUGUGUUGCAAUAAUCGGUAAGUUCUCGACCUAUUUGAUGAAAAUUAUUUGGAGAUAUAAGCAGUUUUCUCUGUAAAUAAUAAAGGCUAUUUGUACAGGGAUACAUGUACAGUAUUUUCGUAGAAUAUAACGAUUGUAUACAAAUUAUCCAAAAACCGGAAGUUAUGAAUUUGAUUCCGCUUGCCAGGACAGUUUGUUGUUCUGACAUUGUUUUGACAGUUCUUAAAAAACAACUUCGUUAGUAGGCUUUUAUUUCUUAAAAAUAACUUGCAGCAGUAUCUCUUUGAGCUUUCCUUCUUGCAACCAGUCCAGUUUAUGUGAGUAAAUACGGAGAACGUUUCAACCUGUGAUCCUGAUAUUAAAGCAAGAUCUCCAGUUGCCGCCUCCGCAUGCAGGCAUCUCACCCGAGGAAAAGUGACGAAAAGUGUUUGGUGAGAUGCCUGCCAUAAAUUGACACAAAAAUUUGCACUGUGCAUACCGGCUUGCGCAUGCAAAUUUUGACAAAAUCUAACUUAGGGGGAGAAAUUUCUUCAGAAAUUUUUUUUCAAAACCCUAUUUGUGGGCUAAAACCCAUAGAGAGGCCUGUGGAGCAGGCUAGAUCUCCAGGCCCUCUUGGUUGUACAGUUAAAUGCAAAAUAAUUUCCUCAAUAAAAAUAACCAUAUGACAAGAUCUCUCUUACUAACAGCCCUUGCAAUUCAGUUCAGCAUAGAUUUUGGUGUGCAAAACCUUGCUGACCCACUUUGAACAGUGGUGUUUUAUCAUGUUGUGAUCAUGAACAGCGUGAUUAUGCAACUUGUCAGACUAUGCUUUAAGCAUUGCUUUAGCAAGAUGAACAUUUGAAAACGUACGUUUGUAAACCUCAAGCGAGCAUGUGAGCAAAACAUGUUCACAUUUUGCUACAAACAUUAUUCAUUCCUUAUGCAAACAUUGUGGUCUCUUGUUCAAAGGUGACACUUGAAAUCUUGAAGUUAGAGUAAUCAAAUGACUUGUGUUAAAGUUGUAUAGCGCUUCAUAUGCAAUGCAAAUAUGGUAAGAAAGUACCAUCUGUCACAAGAUGUACUACUGUUCAAUUGGAAUAUGAUCUGUUUUGUUUGCCAUUGAUGGUUGUUCAUACAUGCAUGCAUGUAUGGUUGGAAACUAUAGUUAAAAAAUUGAAAUAAUAUGAAUGAUGUCUAACAUUUACUCAGUCGACUGACAAUAUGAUGCCAUCUGUCUUGUCCCCAGGUACUAUAAAAAGAUUUCACAUACGAGUCAUUAUAUAUAAAAGGUUUACAUGAAGUAGUGUAUCAUAACGAACAAGCGCACUACUUCAUGUAAACCGAACAUGACGUACUACUUCAUGUAAACCUUUUAUAUAGUGCCUCGUAUUAAUGAUACGUAUGUAAUAUUUUAUAGCGCCUGGGGACGAUGCAGUGAUGCCAUUAUAAAAUCUGUAUCGGGUAGAUUGUUGCAUGGAUCAAAUAAUUGGUACCGGUAAUUGCAUGGUCAUUUCUGAUUGUGGCACAAUUAAAUGAUUGCUAUAUAGUAUAUGGACCACUAAAUGGUUAAUAUACUGGGGCAGAGUGUAUUUUGGCAUGGUGAUAAUAUGUUGUGCACAUAAUAUUAAUUUUUUGAUUCGUGGAAGAUAAUAUUCAUAAUUGUGGAGAAUAAACACAGAUCUUCAAUAUAGACAUCAAUUAAUUACAGACUAGCUAGGCCACAACGUCAUUUCAAUAUAGUGUAAUAUUUAUAGAAAAAGACACAAAUCAUGAUGUUUUAUGGACCUGGUCAUUUCCUGCUGUCGAUCCAUCUCUACAGUUGUUAAUAUCCAAGAAAUGUUGUAUAAAGUCAGGGGAAAAUGACAAUGAAACAAUUGUUCCGUUCAUGUAUGGCCAACACAACAGAUUAUGGUAUUACUUGUUGACAACAAGUGUUAAAGACACACCAAGUUUACCAAAGGUUGGCCUUUAGUUAAUUUCUCUAAUUAUUGUACAUAGUCGAUCUUCAAGUGUGACUUCAUUGUUAGAAUCUUAAUUGAUUAGUCAUUUUGCCCAUUUAUGAUUUAGUUUCCUUGAGUUAGUUUACAGUACUUGUGUACAUUUCCCACUGAAGGUUUCCAAGGGCGGAGGAGGGGGGGGGGGGGGGGGGGGGCUUUGUUCCUGUGUUCAUUUGAAAUGUUUUUCUAAUCAUUCCCUUGUUUCCAACCAAGAUUUUACCAUGUUCCCUGAGCUAGCUUACAUAUUCCCUUGGUUUGUUAUAUUGCUAUGUUACAGCCAUUAGGCCGGGUUAGGGUUAAUUGUGAUUUGGGUCAACAACAAAGAAAAAUAUAAUAUAUUAUAUAAAACGUACAUACAAUUAUAUAUUAACAAAGAACUUCAGAUACUGUAACAAUAUAUUUUUAUUUGUUCUUGACCUCAAACGCAACCCCAUGCAUCCCUAUGACUGUAACAUAACAAUAUAUAUAUAACCCCUUGUUCCCUAUGACUUUUUUGGCGUACAAAAUAUGCCUUGUUCUCUAACUUGUUUCCUGAAACCCCUGGGAAAGCCUCAUCGUUCACGGGUGGAUGGAAAGCCCUUGACAAGUUUUACAACCCAAUUAAUUUAACAAACGUCUCUUUUGUAUUAAUUUCCCUAAGCGUGCACAGCAGAGAACCAACCAAACUAUACUUACAUGAUUAAGUCUAUCAAACACAGGGAAGUUACCAAACCUAAGUAAAUCUCAGCCCUCAAUCUUGCAGUAAAAAUAUUGCAGUGUAACCUGGGGUAUUAUCGCUGCAGUAAUUAUUGUGGCAAGUUCUUGCAGGAUCUUGCAAAGAUCCUGCAGGAUUUGUUGUCAUGAUCAUGGCAAGAUUAUAUGACAAGAUCAUGGCAUGAUCAUAACAAGAUCGUGGCAAGAUCAUCGCAUGAUCUUGGAGGAUUUUUGUUGUUGUUGCAAGAUCAAUUGUCAUGAUCAUGGCAAGAUCAUGGCAAGAUCAUGACAAGGUCAUCAUGACAAGAUCAUGGCAAGUUCUCGCAGGAUAUUGCAAAUAUCUUGCAGGAUUUGUACAAGAUAUUGGCAUUUCGGUUUUGAUAUUUUCACCUGCAGGUGAAUAUAAUCAAUGGCUUAAUAAUACGUUAAAUUUGACCAAUCAACGUGUAGGAUUUGUUAUGUUCACUUGUGCAAAAAUACUAAUGUAUGAUGUUUGGAAGCGAAGCACAAUAGAUAAAUAGAUAAAUAAAUAAAUAUAAAUGAAAAUGGCGUGAUCGUGGCAAGAUCUUAGGGACUGAUCAUUAUUUAAGGCGGGGGGUGGCGCGGAAGAGAAAAGGGUUGGGUAAACUAAAUUUUGAGUAAGUAAAAGGUUGGGUAAAUAAAAAACAAAACAACUCAAGGGUUGGGUAAUAAAAAAUUAUUGUCAUUUCCAAAGCAUGACUCGCUUAAAUAUUGGAGACUGAAAAGCAAUGCAUGUUAAUAGUCAUAUGUCAAUACAAUAUGUGAAUCAAUCAGAGUCACUUUCUUGAUCAUUUUCCGAUUUGUUGGGAGAUAAAUGGUGUCUCCAAAGAAAGUACAUGUGCAGAAAACAUGAAACUUUAGACUGCAGAAAAUUGCACAAGCAGUUAUCAAACUCGUGUCACAGAAGUGGUAAAGGACAUGUGUGACAUUUGGUAUCCUUUUGUAAAGGUUUUGGCCAGGGGUGGGUAUUUAUUUUUAAAUUGAUAUCUGAGGUUGAGUAAUCAAAUUUUUGACUUUUUAAUGGUUGGGUCAGCAAAAUUUUUGCCAGGAAAAACAUUUCUCUUCGGUGCCACCCCCUACCAUAAAUAAUGACCAGUCCCUUAGAAGUUAAGCUAGAUCUUGGUAAGAUCUUGCCAAGAUUGUCAACCUGGGACCACAGUCAUCUGGGGUAUUAUCGCUGCAGUAAGAAUGUUACCACAGCAGUAAGCUGAACUUCUAACACUUUGUUGAACCACAGUUAAUAGAAUGAGAGGUUGAACUCUUCAGGCAAACUAGCAGCUUAACUGAACCUGACAUGUUGUACAGCCAAAAUAUUAUACCAUUAGAUUGGCCCAAAACUUGAGUUCUCUUUUUCGCAUUUACUCGAUUACAUUUAUCUAUAAAUAUAGAUAAAUAAACAGUAAUAAGUACAGAUCUCUACUUAAUGCCAAUCAUAUGUUGAUAUGUUGUGACCAUAAUUCUCCAAUGAUCAGAAACUUCGUUCGUGGGUGAACGAGUCUCCCAAAAUAACAAGCCAUGCGGACAGGCGUUUAUUUUUCCAGCUCCAACCCAAAUGAACGGCUGCUCGCAGGCCAUGAAGUUAGUAGAAUGCAUUUUUUCCAAAAUUUCGAUCCAUCAUUCUUAUUAACAGUUUUGUCCACGAACUUUCCUCCUGUAAUACCAUCACUAACUUGGAACCAAUAGGUCGAGGGGCUACUUAGGAAGAAUAGAUAGAUAGAGCUAUGCAGUAUAAAUCAAGCUUGUCGACGUUACUUCAUUUCCUUUAUUAGCGCUCUAAAAUGUAUUUUUAAUAUUUAUUUUAUCCAGGUUACACAUUUCGCUGUUGUUCUUGUGACAAAGGUGAGUACGUUCUAUACAUAUUACAUUUAUUUGCAUUAAUUACUAAUUUAUCGCAGGCGUUACGUUAGACCAUUAUCCUUCCAAAACAACCGGAAUACCAAAAGGCAGCUAGCUAUACAUAUUUAGGGUUGGGCGAUAUUAAAAAAAUCAUCUGACGAUUAUUGUCAAAGAAAUUAUCACGAUAUUCGAUAAUAUCGCGAUAAAUGCAAUAAAGGCACACCGCGCAAGCAAAGCGUGCAAUUUCAUUGUUCAGCGGAUUAACACAUAAAUAUUAGCUUUUGUACCGUAUUAAAUUCAUAUUUAAUUCAGGAAAUAGUUUUACCCUUUUAAAAACUAUAUUUUUAGGAUUAUAUAAAAUAUCACGAUAGUCAUCGAGCAUGACGAUAAUUUCGAUAUAUCGUCGCUCAAGUUUCUACCUUCGAUACGAUAAUCGCGAUUGAAAAUAUCGCAAUAAAGCAAAAUAUCGAAAUAUCGCCCAACCCUAUACAUAUUAUAUUGCUACUUAUACUAGGUCAUGUGUGAUUGCCUGAAUUGGGUGACCUGUGCAGUUCUACACAUGAUCGAGUACAUGAACUUGCGUUCGAGCUCGACAACAGGCCUCUUAGCUCAGUUGGUUAGAGCGCUGCACGGGUAUCGCAGGGCCGCAGGUUCGAUUCCUGCCAUCAUAGACAAUCCAGAAGACAGGGACUGGAAACGCCUAAUGUUUUGCGCGUGCCAUCCGUGAUCAUAGAGAUUAUAAAUAACACUAGAGGAGGCAUUGUUAUCUUAAUUCAGUAAAAAAAAGGGAACGCGACUAUUGGGGGACAAAUUCAAGUCCCGGAUGUGUAUUCGUGUUCCCAUUGGUGACGAGUUUCAAAUCAGCCAAUGAGAGCACAAUUUUAUAUCCGGGACUUGAAUUUGCCCCCCAUUAGCUGCGUUCCCAAUUUUUAAACUCGAUGCCUCCUCUAGUGUUAUUUAUAAUCUCUAAAGCCCGUUCUCCACUAGGCGAAUUUAUUCGCGCGAACAGAUAAAAAGUAGGAAGCGAUCCUACUUUUUCGCCGCGAAUUUUUUCGCCGACCAAUCACGUUGCCGGAUUUCGGUUUUCGCUUCGCGUCGCGCGAACAAAUUCGCGUAGUGGAGAACGGGCUUAUGUCCGUGAUGUGCUUGCGUGACGCUUGUGCCAAUCAUGCCAUGUGAGUGAAUUACUGAAUGGCGCCUGUUGCUUCGAAAAAAAUAAAGAGAUAGAUUGUUGGCCGGUACUUGUCUGCUGUUUUACAGCUCUUUAUAUACUGGAAAAUUGUUUAAAUAAUCUACACCGAAAAGGGAGUUAGGUAUAUCACAUUGUGUGUAAAGUUUAUAAAACGGAUCUGCUAAUAUUCAGAGACGAGUGCAGAGAAUUUUCGAGCUUGUUCGAAAAUUUUGAUUUCCAAUUUGGGGUGGACUUUCAGACACGAUUCAGGUUUGUUUGCGUAUUUUAGUUUACUUUAGUUAAGUUUACGUAUAUUUAUUCAAUUUUGCUUCACUGUAAUUACGUUAUAUAAAUUGAUUGAAGUUAUCUUUUCGAAGUUUUCCUUGAUCUAUAUUUUAAAAUUUGAAUUUGGCAAUUUCGGUUUUUAAAUUAAUAUACCUUCCAUUUUUAAUAUUGACAAGAAAUCCUUUCUUUCUCGAAAACCAGUUUUGCUAAGGCAUCCAUUAUUUAAAAGAAAUAAAAACAAGGUUUCAGUUAUUUUAACGGUGAGUUUUGUAUGUUUAACACUCUUAACUUUCAACAAUGCCAACAAGAAUGCCAAUGGCAAUGACGACUUUUUUGCUGUCAAAAACAUUACGCAAUAUUAAAAGGUGUUUUUGCUUUGUUUGACCCAAUAUAAGUUUAAAAACCGGAGAAAUGCAUCCACAUGUCUAUAUUUGUUUUAAAUAUGUAAAUUGCAAACCCUGAACUUUAUUUAAACUGUAGUUGCAGGUUUCGAAGUUAGCCGGUACAAACUUUUCCGGACAACAACAAAUGGCAUGCAAUGGCGACAUUUUACAGUCAAAAACAUUACGUAAGCAUUCAAAGGACGUUUUUGGCUUUGUUUGCCCCUAUAUAAGUUUCAAAACGGGACAAGUGCAUUCACAGGUCUAUUUUUGUUCAAAAUAUGUAAAUUACAAACUCUGAACUUUAUUUAAUUAAACUAUAGUUACAUAGGGUUCGAAGUGGGGGCAACAGAAAUGGCCAUCUUCCAGUUGGCGCAAAAGUAAUUUGGGCCGUCAAAUUUUCAGUAAACAUUAUUGGGCGAAUAAGUUACCAAAUUGAUAUAAAAAAUAGCCUAUUCGAUAGAUUACAAUCUUAUGAUUACACAUACUUUGACCAUAAAGUAAAAAAAUAGUUUUUCAAAUGGCUUCAUCGUCAAAGACAAAACAGGUUAAGUUUGUAGUUACAGGGUUAGUUUUGGCAGUAUUUUCUGGAAAUAAUUGCUGCGUGCGCGAUUUACCGAUAGCACGACCAAAUUUCACAUUUAGCAUCACUAUAAAAUAGAAAUAAAUGAAAAUUUGGACGUAUCUACCUUUGUUAGUAUAGCCGCUCCACGACUACGAUCCCAAAAUUCAGAUAAUACGCUUUUUUUACGAUAUAUUUUGCAUAAACUACACGCAUCUGCCUUUGUUUUUAUGUAAAUUUAAAGACUUGUUACCGUGGUAACCAAGUAAUUGCUACGUGACAGGCACAUCACGGAUGUCACGAUUUGUCAUCAUAUUUCUAGCUUGCGUUUCCAGUCCCUGUCUUCUGGAUUGUCUAUGGUGCCAUGCAGAGGGCUCAUAGUUGCACUUUUUGCAACUGCUCCUGGUUAGGUCUAAUAAAUGUAUCAAAUUUACACUCGAAAUUUCCGUCAGCAAAACGCAUCUACAAUUUCAAGCAGGGUGCGAUAAUUCGCGUACUUGCACCACGUGCCGGAGGUACGCCAAUAUAACGGUCUGGUACUAGCAGUUUCUUUGUUUUCAGCCACGUACCAUUUAGGUACGCGGAACUCUUGCUAUCUGCGUACUUACUUUUUGUUGGUACCACAUGACCUCUCGAAGCCUUGAGUAUUCAAUAUCGUAAUUUAGUUAGAGACUGAGAUGUCUUGGCAUGAAACAUUAUUGGACUGAUAUGGCACUAAGAAACGUUGGAGUGGAUUGUUUGUAUAUGCAAUUGUGCUUCUUUUUCUACCUCAUACUCUGCACAUACUUUUCAUAAACCUGUACUUUAUGAACCUUAUUUUAAUGACUAAGUACACAUUGAGUACCGAGUUUGUACAGCGCAAGUACGCGGCAACAACCAUUGGCGUACCAGUCAGGUACGACUAACAAUCUUGAAGUAUCGCACCCUGUACAAUUAUGCCCAAAAUCCUGUGUUAAGAAAAAUUUUCUUAAGUUAUUUGUAACCGUCCAUUAGAAAUUGCCGUUUAAAUUAGAAAGUGGCUGUCCACAAGAUUGUUGGAGAUGCCAGCUGGUAAUAACCUUACUUAAUAUUCUCCCAGGACUUCAACCCAGAAAGAUAUGAAGAACUCAGCGAAUUAUUUCGACGGAGUUAUAUGGACACAGGAAGUCCAACCGUUCUUCUUCAGCAAUACCUUGCCGUUAUGACAAAGGGAUCGUGCGAAACUGCUGGAGAAGAAAUAUUUGAUAUCAGUAAUUUUGCACCAAGGAAAGCGUUUUUAUCUGCUUCGAUUAAAGGUAAUGGCCUGAGCAUAUCAGAAAACAUUGUACAUUGGAUAGGAUUUAACUUAUUUUAUGUCAUUUGCUGUGUAUCACUUUCAGAUGUAAUCAAUAUAUUUGGUGUUGAAACAAUCCUCAUAUACACAGCAGUUCUACUGAAAAAGAAAAUUGUAUUUUAUAGUCCACGAAUUGAAACAUUAUUGAAUAUCACAAGGUAUGAGGUUGAUAAUUUCAUAGACAAAAUUACCUGACUUUAUAAUAGACAAAUUUGGCUAGAAACACAAUGGAAUUCCCUGUAGGUAAAUUUGCAGGGGUGCAAACACAAUGGCGUGACAACAGAUUCAAGAUGGCGUCCUCAACCUUGGAAGGGCCUAUCAUCUACAAAUGUGUUGAGGUGAACUCUCAUCUGUUUUUAUUUCUCCAAUUAGCUAGAACAAUUAUAGUAACUAGGCAUGCCCUAUAGGGAAUUCCUUUGUGUUUGCACCCCUUUGCACUAUUGCGUUUCAUUAUGGCAUUCUUAAUCUUGGAAGGGUAUAUUCUAAACCUUAUUUACCUUUUUUUUCUAUUCUCUGCUUAUGUAAAUCAGAACAAUAUAGUAAAUAGGCAUGUGAGUUAUCAAAAAUGAAUUGAUUCAGCCUAGAUCUAUUCGGCUGGCUUUGGCAAGUUUGGGCUAGCAUUUGGUAAGUAUGACGUCACAUGCGAACAAGGAGCCGCUUCGCCUUUCAUUCGGUCAGCCCCUACGUUGCCUAGGUGCAAGUCUUCUCAUGUGAAAAAGCGCUGAAAUUAGAAUAGAAGGCCUACAUCUAGGCUGGGGUUUCCCUGAACGCCCGUUCAGAGUUUUAAGGCCGAGACACACCGGACGCGAUUCGACAACACGGCGCGAUUUUGAACAGCCAUUUUAAUUAAAGAAAUUUUAAAUUAUACGUAGACCAAAUAACUCAAAAUGUUAUAGCGCUUCUAAAUAUUUGAAAAACUUGAACCAGGAUCAAAGUUAUCGGUCAGUGAAAAUCGAAAAAUCGCGCGGCGGCGGCGAAUCGCGUCCGAUGUGUCUCAGCCUUUAAGACCCAUACAGACCGGACGCGAUUUGGCAACUCGACGCGAAUUUUCAAUGACAUUUAACUUUAAUUAUAUUUUUCUAUGUUUUUCAAAUAUUCGGAACCAUUUAACUUAAGCAAUUUUAGCUAUUUGGUCUGCAUAUCUUGUAAAAGUUUUAUCGGUUGACGGUUUUAUUUGUUUUUAAAAACUGAAAAUUCGCGUCGCGUUGUCGAAUCGCGUUCGGUCUGUGUGGACCUUUAAGGUCCAUACCAGCCUCGUACCCAGGCGCUAAAAAUGGGCACACUACAGUGUUUUUAUAUAGAUCAGUGGCUCGAGCGCGCGGGGAGUACUGUAGUGUGCCUAUUUUUAGUUAAUUGCGCCUGGGUACGAGGCUGGGUCCAUACACACCGGACGCGAUUCGACAACGCGACGUGAUUUUUUUGUUUUUGAGAGCAAAUUUUGAAUGGACUGAAUGAUAUGUAGACCAAAUAACUCCAAAUGUUAUAGUAAUGUAAUGCUUCUAAAUAUUUGGACAAUUUAAACUAGGAUUAAAGUUAUCGGUCAGGGUACAUAUACUAUCAUCACUCAUGUCCUACUUCAGAACUACGAAGACAAUGAAACAUACUAUUAUGUAGUUAUGCAAUGCGUACUAUAAACAACCGUUAGCCUCUAUUCGGAUAAAUUACUCUUUUAUGUUUUGUGUUUUAAGAGCAAUCCCUCAACUGGUGUGGCAUCGUCAGAACUGGAAUAUUUUACAUCCAUUAAUUGAUUCAAAUGACGAAACAGAUAUUCAAAAUUUGACCUCGACAAGAUAUUAUAUUGCUGGUUUUACUGACGCAUCUGUUGAGAAUCGCAAUGAGCUUUAUGAUAUAUUUGCAAAUAGUAAGUAACUGUAUUUGUUUUCUUGGUCCAACGAGAAAUAUUUGAAAACGAGAAGAGUGCACGGUACCAUCAUUACAUUGGUGUCUCAUUUUAAAGAACGUUUAAGAUUGGGUGUUAAAUCUUGUUGCUGACUUUUUAUAUAAAGCUUAACUAUUAGAAUAUUUUGACUGAAAACAAUGAGGGAAGAGGUUAUUUCGCUGGCCUCAGAGUGACAAAACGUAACAAAGAAACGGUUUUACUAACACUAACCCUAUUCCAAACACCAACUCUAACCCUAACCCUACUCCAAGCAGUUUGUUUCUAAACCAAUCUUAAAGAAAAAAGUUUUGAUGAAAUGUCAUUCUGAGGUCACAAAAUAACUUCUUCCAACAAUGAGCUGUCUGUCCGCCAUCUUGGAUUAAUUCUUAACCUCAUUUAAGCCGGUUUUCCACUGGGCGGAAUUUUGCGCGAGGAGCGGAAUUUUUCUUUCUCUUGUGAUUUCUUGGGUGGAACUAAUUAGAAAAGACAAAGAAAAAUUACCUCUAAGUGACCGAGUAAAGAUCAAAAGUUGUUCAAAAUGUUUGUAUACAAUUUGAAAUUAGAAAUGGUAAAUGUGACCCUACUUAUGACGUAACAUGUAUGUCCUGAAUAAUCCAAGAUGGCGGACAUCUCACUGUUUUCAGUCAAAAUAUUUCAGGAAUCAAGCAAGAUAUGAAAAAGCAGUAUAAACUCUUUGUUCACUAUUUUUAAAGCUCUUUCAAAUGAGGCAAACUAAAUUUUUACUGCCAAUGUCCUUUAAAAGUUCUAAAGCCCCGUUUACACUACGCUCAAUUUUUGGUACGCCACGGAUAAAAUUGGUACCCGUACCACUUUUUUGGUUCUUGGACUUGGUUGUUGUCAAAGUAUCAAACCGAUAUCAGGAUAUAUUCGCACUGCUUGUUCCCAGUUGUUACGACAAGUCUGAAACAAGUUGUCACCUUGUUACAAGGUUAAAGGGCAUAUGACUCGAAAAUUGACGGUGUUAUUUUUUAGUCCAAUUUGAAAGAUCAUUGAAAACUGUAGAGUAACCUCUUUGAUAGAUUUUUGUUUUCUUGCUUCGUUUUGAAGAUAUUUCAUUUUGCAUGAUAUACAAAGAACCAACACAUAUGCACAAUGAUUCAGCCCUAAAAGUUGUAUAUCUAAAAAAUGGGUGUUGUUGUGGACAAAUCUCGUGUUCAUCAUUAAUUUUGAAUGAAUUUAUUUGAUAGUGAAAAAAUUAUAUAACAUUUUAAAGUAAGUCAUGCAUGUGUGACGUAGAAACUAAGUUGGUCCUUUGUAUAUCAUACACAAUCUGUCAAAGAAGUUACUCUACAGUUUUUAAUAUCUUUCAAAUUAGACUAAAAAAUAACACCAUCAAUUAUCGAGUCAUAUGCCCUUUAAUGGCGGGAACAAUUACUCAAAAUUUUUCCAACAGGACUAACACAAGCUGUUCGUAAACAAGUUGCUAUGGGCUUGUUGUCAUCAAUUUGUUAACUACUUGUUACAUGCAGAGGAUAUCAGUCUUGUUGAACAACUUGUUGCGAGUCUGUUGGCUUCGUCAACCUUACCACUUGUUCCAGACUUGUCAAGUCAACAGCCGGGAACAAGCAGUGCAAACACAUCUUAAUUGUUGACAAGCUGUGAGAGAUUUAUUGUUUUACUAGUUUCUGAUGGUGAAGUAUCGAUCGCUCCGCACGCAAAAGGUAGGUGACAAAAUAAAAUCUACACUCUAUAUACAACCCACUGUAUCAUUAGAACAUGAUCACACCCACUCAGAAUUUGAGCGGUCUAUAUCCCAUAAACUGUCUUACAGCGAGCUUCAUAGCAAUUACGGUGGGUCUAUUUUAAACAAUUAUCGAAUGAGGUCGAGUAGGAGGAGGAAUUAUCAAGGCCGAGGUUUGAGUUUAACACAAACCAAUGCCUUAAUAAUUCCUCAUAUCCUGCUUGAAUCGAAUUCAAUAAUUGUUUUAUUAUUUAUUUGAGGAAGCCUUUUGUAUUUUCCCGCUUUUGGCAUAAGCCCCAUAUAUUUGCGUGACGUCAUAACGUGUUACAUCGUUUUUCAAUAUACCACGAAAUUAUGUCAAACGUGGUAUAUUUGUUUUCAAUCUUUCACGGUUUUCAAUAUACAACUCCAAAUUUGGACAGCUAGUGAGCAGAUAUGACGAUUUUACCGACAGCUCUUAGCCAAUCAAAACUCUUGAAUUAUUUUCAAUAAAUAUAAAUAAAACUGAUUAGUAUAUGCUUCACUGAUAUAUGGAGCGUACAAUCAGUUUAAUAAACUCACUGCAAGUAUUAAUCGAUAAAAACAUAUAAUAAGAAAUACUUCACAAAUUAUAAAGAAAUAAUUCUUCGUGGAUGUGAUCAUCUUCAAGUCGGAUAGACAAUGAUCACGUGUUUUCAGUUGGAUAUAAACUCCCCGAAACUAAUUAUCGGGAAUCUAUAUCCCACUGAACACACGUGAUCGUUGUCCAUCCUAUACUUUUGCAUUAUGUUAAUUAAGGCCCAAGUUACACGAUACCGGAUUCGCAUCGGAGCGAGUCGAGCGACACCAACUAAGACGCUUUUCGGCCUCUUACAACUUUUCAUAUUUCAAGUUUUUUACUAAUUCUGUUAUAUUAUCAUAAUUGUGAGUGCGUAAACUCCCCUUGAAACUGUAAAAUUUGAUGUAGCUCCGAUGCGAAUCCGAUAUCGUGUAACCACAGGUGUAACGGAGGCCUUAAUCAGUUGACCUGACAGUUACUACUGUAACUUGAUCAUUCAGACACGUUUCAAAUGGGCAAAGUCCACAAGGAUAUGGCAAUGUUUAUGGUGAAUAAUGCAAAAGAAGAAGAAAAAAGCGACGAACAACUGGUUACGGUAAGCAUACUGCAUGGCUGCUAUCAUUGAAUUCAAAAAGGUGUCUUAUUUGGUCCUUAUAGAUCAGAUUACUUCCUACCAAACUUUAUACAGUCAUACAGUACCUAUAUUUUACAUUUCCUACGCACAUGUUCUACUUUCUGAUAAAGGCACAGUGUAACCUGCUGAGCGAUGUGAUUUAGUCGGAUUGAAACAUGAAAAAGUUCAAAGUUUUUGAAAACAGUUUUUCUCUGUUUUCUUCCCAAGUUUUUCGCACUUGUGCAACAGGAGUGGCGAUAUUAUAUGCGUUAGAUAAAACACGAGCAGCCGAUCUGUAUAGAUAUACUUAUAUAUCUGUAUAGGUAUACUUAUACAAUUGUAAUGCAUGGUCGUCCUCAUUUACGCCGAAUCUUCAGUUUAGAUAAAUUUAUCAAAAUAACUUGAAUUUUGGUCCCUCAACCGGAUAAAUAAUAUCAAAUUACACAUUCCUGUUUUAUCAUAACGGCUGCAUAAAACCACAUCGCUCAGCAGUCAGCACAGCAUGGUUUUUAACCCAUUUACUACUUGUAUACUAGGAGUUGUCAGACAAAACUCAAAGUUUGAUCAACAACUUGAAAGGUCUAGCUGUGGCAAACGAAGAUAACACUCGUCACGUUAUAAAACUGGAAAAAUUGAGAGAACGAAAAUUGACCUCGGCCAUGGAGAACUUUUUAUAUAAUUUGGCUGCUGCAGAGGGAAUGGUGUAAUAUCUUCAAUUUCACAAACUGUUUGUUGUCCUAUACGAUUGUCAUACCUGUGCGAUAACAAUAAGACGUUUAACUUUGCAGUAUUGUUUUACAUUAGUAAAAGAAGCUAUUUUUUACGAAAUAAUGAGCUGUAAUCAUACCUAUAGUACACAAGUACACGGACUGUACACUUCAAAUAGGCAUUGGCCGCAAAAAAGCCGUUGUGACCGGUGAAUUUAAUAAUCCAUCCUUCAUGAUGACCGGUGUACCUUUCAAAUUUAUUUUGAGGCCUGAUGGUAUGUCACGUGAGGAAAGCUUAGUUCUCAAUUUCUCUAAAAUUGCGUUUAAAGUACUAUUUAAAAUACGCGUAGGAGUGUUUUAUGAUAUUUAAAAUGCGAGUGCGCAGCAUGCACGAGCAUUUUAGAUUGAUAAAACACGACUGCAAGUGUUUUGAAUAACUUCAAACACGACUACAAUAGAUGCCGUUUCAUUAGUAUUCUUUAUAUAAAGAAUACUAUUUAGGAUGGACUUUUAUAUAAGGAAUAUUAAUGAAGAUGAGUUUUAUCAGGUACAGUAUAAAGCCACUUCACGUGAUAUAUUAUGGUUGACAUGAUUUGCCAAUAAGCUUAUGAAUUAUUAAAGUAUUAUGAAACGAAAUUUUCACCUUAUUUUUUAUUGUUUUAUUAAAAGGUACUGCUGGAGUGAUGAAGAAUGACGUUUACAGUUUCUUCAUAUUUCAUCUCAUUCUCAAGUUAUCGCACUUUCUUAAUUCGAGUUGUGACGUCACUAAUUUGACUUGAGAUAAUGGCAAUAACAAGAAAGUCUGAUAUCUUAGUGAGUAUUUAAUAAAAUUCAAUGAAACUCGGUACACUUAAUGGGUGCACCCAUAUGAAUAUUUUUGGCAGGUCAUAGCAACACACUAGUCCCCAGUCCAGGGCCGCCGAGAGGGGGGGGAUUACCCCGAGGUGCUGGGGGCCCCUGAAAAUUUUUUGUUGGGCCCCAGUCUUUUUUGUGUGUUAAAUAUUUCCGCGCAAAGGACAGGAUAUCUGUUUUCUUGGGCUAAGUGCCGAAAUUUGGCAUAAAAAAAUGAGAUAAAGUCCCUGGAAAGCAAUAGCAACGUACUCGUCCAGAAAAAUUUUUUACUCCGGAAAAUAUUUUUUACCCCUAAAAUGGUACACUGACCGAAAUUUUUUUGUAAUAAGCGACAAUUAUAGUAAUAAGCGACAAUUGCAGAAAUUAUUUAUUUCGUCGGAAAUGGAUCAUAUAGAAAUUGGAAGAGAAGGGACUGGGGACGAGUGUGUUGCCAUAACAACCAUAUAAACAAGCCAAAUUGUUCACUUCGUUGCACCCACUAAGUGUGCCAAGUUUCAUUGAAUUUUAUUAAAUGAUCAUCAAGAUAUCAGAUUUUCUUGUUAUUGCCACUAUUUUGACUCAAACUAGUGACGUCACAACUCAAAAUAUAGAAAGUGCGAUAACUUGGGAAUGAGAUACGAACAAACUAUAAACGUUAUUCUUCAUCAUUUAAGCAGUACCUUUUAAUAAGACAAUAAAAAAUGAGGCAAAAAUUUCGUUUCAUAAACACUUUAAUGAGUGUUUGAAGAUAAUAUAUUACUCUGCCAGAAAUUGUGUUGCAAGUUGCAGUAAAAAUGGCCUUCGAAUUGCAUUCACUGAUAUUACAAUAAACCGGAUUGCCGUGAACAAAUUAACCUCAAGCGAGAGAAACAUAUACUCGCGAGUGUUUGAAAAACUUCAAAUUGCACACGUUGACUCGUGCAUGUUUUCCCCGAAUUGCACUUGAAAUAACAACAGAAAUAUGUUGCAGAAUUAACAACGAUCGACUGCGAAAAAAUAAAAAAAAAUUUAAACAACAGAACGACAACAACCAGACCUGGAAAAAAGUGGGAUCUCGGGAUUCUGAGGAAUAUUUGCCUUAGCAACAAGAUUGAGGAACAUUUUGAAUUUAUCACGCGUACUUUAAGGGAAAAUUUUAAGGAAUCGUAUUUAGUUAUCUGCCAUUUGAGUCUAUUUUGAGAUUGCGAAGUGUUCUUCAUAUCCUGUUAAUAUAAUUUGAAGAUUGUUUUGUUUCCUCAGCAAUUUUACAACCAAUAUAAUUGAGUUCCAGCUGGAAAUGGAGCCUAAGUCAAAACAAUAUACAGUCAAAUAAACUUUAUUGUUACACUGAUACACGUAACGCACGGUCAAAUUUUUCAUUGUUUUUACGCACUUUGAGCCGAAUUUGAUUAUUUGAGGAACAUUUGAAAAAGGCAAAUUCAGGAUCCCAGGAACAUUGAACACUUUUUCCAGGUCUGACAACAACAACAACAACAACAACAACAACAACAACAACAACAACAACAACAACAACAACUUACGUCCAGCAACGUUACAACAGGCCCUUUGCAAUCGGAUAUUGACGUAAACUUUGAAACGGUAGAUCGGCACAACGGCCCAAUAUGUAUUAAACGUUUUACAGAACUUUUAUUCACACUUAAAUGGUCUACUUCUCAUUUUAAUACACAUAUGAUUGUAUACAUUCUGUUUACAAAUGCGUCAUAAGGUACAGUAUAUAGGGUGCGUAAUUGACAAAUUAUAUCUAAUGCUAUAUUAAUAUUAAGUCACAAAGCCAAAGGCAUCAAUCUAUACUAAGAACAAAGUCUGAAGAAAAUGAAUCAAAACAACUUAGCUUUCUUCUUGUGAUCAAUCUGUUUCCAUUUUGGCAAUUCAUAAAACUCAUUUCGCGUCAUCUUAAAAAUCUCGCGAAAAUCUUCAUCAUUUAGAUGUUUCUAUGAAAUAAGAGAACGUAAACUCUUGGCGUGUUGCGACGAAAACAACAUAAACUAGAGAACACUCAGAGGCUGGACACGACUGCCAGCGAAUUAAGGGGUUGGUCAUUGUUUAUGGGUGGCACUGAAGAGAAAAGGGUUGGAUAAACAAAAUUUUGAGUGAGUAAAAUGUUGGAUAAAUGAACUUUAUUGUCAUUUCCAAAGCAUGACUCACUCGACUAGAAAUCUAAAGACUAAAAAUCAGUGUCAACAGUCAUAUGUCAAUACAAUAUAUGUUCAAUCCGA